AGCGCCGCGGCUGGCGCGACGUGACGUGUUUUCGUGCGAAGGCGAUGCGUUGUGUUGUUUGAGUUUGAUACUUCGGAGGCGCCGUUUGCGUUGUUAUUUCGUUGAAUAUUCAAGCAUUGGGGUUCUAAAACGGUGGCCAACAUGUCACGAAGAAGAAAGGUAAAGUCAUUGACGCGUUUCGAGCGUGUUAAAACGUUUUCGUUAAGCGUUUUGUUUUUGGGAAGUUCUCCCUUGGCAUUUAGCCAAACGGAAAGAUAUUCGGCAAAACACUGACUAAACAGGUCAUUUUUAGAUAGCUCUUUUCGCCAUCACUCCAACGGACACAUUUUCUGUAGGUUAAGAUAAGAACUGAUGAAUUUUGCGAGCUAUUUUGAAACGAUCGCGUGAUCGGAAUCAAUUAUCGAUCUGCAGCCGUUAGGGAAAUAAUUAACAGAAAUUUAUGCAGAAUUUUGCAUAAUUGUUUCCCAGAAGUAUGACCACCAAAUGCCCUCUAAAAAUAUAAUAAGAAAUCGGAAGGAGUUACUUUUUUUGGUUUUUAUUGGUAAUUUUGACAUCUAGCUUUUAUAAUAUAAGCUUACUAUUUCUUAACAAAAGGUAUUGCAAUAAAAUAAAUCCUUUGUAAGCUUAUUGAAAACAUUCUAAACUAAAAAACAAAAUUAACAUAAAUUUGUUUGUAGUUUUGAGAUUAAAAUUUUCCCUUGAUGUUUUCACUUUGUUCAAAAUUUUCCUUGAUGUCACCGCUCCUUUGUUAACUUUAAUUGACUAUGCAAUUCCAAUACUAUAUUAAAUUAAAACGCAAAGAAAGAAAACACUCCAUGUUGGUGUUAAAGGGGGGACACUGCUCUGCUAUCGGUGUGACGUUUGACUUUCCCGUGUGACAAAAGCGUGACUAGAGCCCAACCUAUCUCCCCAGUGGAGUGUAUCGUGCUGGAUCAAAACCUCACGCAAUCUAAAAGCAUUACUAUUCACGGCACUAAAAGCUGAAAACCUACGGCUCAGCAUUGUGCAACCUAAUGGAACGAGUGUAGGCAGUUCAUAAAACGCUUAAGCCAAAAGAUUAAACAUUGACAUAUAACAGAGCUAAAGCUAAACCCAAUAUUAUUGAAAUAGUGCAAAAACAUGAAGCUUGGGGUCAAGUUGCUGGGAGACUUAACUGAUAGCAGAUACAAGAGGUGAACCACAUUUUAUUUGUGUUACAACAACAAUGCCUUCAAAGGGAGGGAGGGAGGGGAAAAAAGUAAAAAAUUUACAAGUAAACUGUUCAGUAAGCAAGCAGGCUAAGCGAAAGAAGGAGGUUGCAUAAAAUAACCUUUUUAUAGUUAGACAUAUGUCUAAAGCUAAGCCAAUGGAUGAUAGCAUACAAUAGUGUUGUAGCAACACACGGUACGUACAGCGAGACAUGAAUAGAGGUAUUUAUUGAAUCUAGCCAUACACAAUGAAUGUUACAAACCUACCAGCCAGUGUUGGAACAUUUUGACCUUGGUACCUGUCUGUACCAUUGUAUUACGAUGAGACAAAGAUAUUAUACUCGUGUACCUUCAUGGCUGACAUUGCACGGCACUAGUUGCUCCACUUAGAAUAAUAACAAUCCCCGGGAACUCUGACGCAUCAUGCUCCAUUAAAUGCGAUUUACUGUUUCACUGUAAAUCUUUAAUUUAACUGUCAUUAUUCUUAACUAUUAUUAAAGCAUUUAUUGAAUAAGGCUAGGUAUGAUCUGCAGAAUAUUAUGGAGAAUGUUAUCCACUGAGGCCUAAGCUGAGUCCAAUAAUAAUUGUUGUAUUAUUUGUUUCUUCAUUUUCCUGUUUCUUGACAAGUUCAGGAUAUAAAAAGACAUUUAGUCUCACAGAUAUUCUUCAAAUGGCAGAUGUCAUUCACUGAAUUGCAUUCUUGCUGUUCUUGCAAUGUUGUAAGGCAGUAGUUAAGCCAUUUUUUCUUCAUGAAAUUAUGGGUAAACCCUGGAAAAUUCCAUGGUCACAAGGUGUAAUCUUGAAGGCACAGGUCAGGGCUGUCUGUAAACAUCUGGCACCGGGAAUUUCCCUGGGCUAUUAUGAGGAUGAUCCUGGCUUCUUUUGUACGAAACAAAAGGAAAAUUGAACCAAAAGAACUUCCUAGCAGUUAAAUUCCCUGCUUACUAAUUGCAUAAACCUUGUAACUUGAAGUCUAAGUGACAGCCCUCCCGUUGAAUAUCUCUAACAUUCUCUGCACAAAAUGUAAAAAUAUUAUUCUUAUUUACAGAGUGCAUCAAGCGCAAAAAAAUCAUCAGAAAAUGCUACUGAUCAAGAGUCAGAUGAAUGGAGUGAAGAGGAGAAGAAAAGACUCCUGGACGCAUUAAAAAGGUAUUAUUUGCUUUUAUAUUAAGUCUUGCCUUUAUAUUCUCCCCUAGAACUGAAAACAUGCCCAGUACCUGUGUUGUCUAUGGUUGUAACAGUACAGCCAAUUUCCAAAGAGGUGUAGGGGUCCAUAAAAUUCCAUUCUGAAGUGAUACAAUCAAGGCGGUGCUCUUGUAGCACCCUGUGACCCCUAGCACAUAGCUUUUGCUUCUGGACAACCAGAAGAAGCUAGAUUUAAAAAUAAAAAAACAUAAGCUGGGCACCCUGGAUUUCACAGGCUCAGAACAAAGGUCUCCCUUCAACGUUUUUAGCACAGCCUUGACAAUAUAUGCGUGCUGAAUGUUUUCUUUAUGUCCUGAUAUCCAGUUGCAAAUUCUCCAGACUAAUAUCCAUACAUUUCCUUAAAGAAAUAGUUGGGCGUAUUUGAUAAAAGAUCAAAACAUUUUCCCUAAGGUGAUCAUUUUAUUAAUUCUUAUAACCUUAUCUCUGGAUGAUGUAUCGAUGUUUUUAGGAGAAGAUUGAUGUUGGUCAAUCUUGGAACUUAAAGGGUUAAGAGGAGAAGGAGGCUCAGUUAAGAAACCAAAGUUUGAGGGGUUUUUAUCAACCACAAUAACUUUUUUGUACAAGUCACAAGGAAAAACAUUUUGUUUCACAAAAAAAAAAUUGAAGCCUAGUUGCAUUUUAAGAUUAUUUGCAUUGUACAAAAUUUUGUUAGGGAUGAUGGUAAAAACAAUUGGCGCUGGAUUACAAGGCAAGUGAACUCAAAGACAAUGAACCAGGCAAGUGCUUGAUUGUAGUUUUAUAUUAAUCCAUUUGAAAAUGUGGAAAUUUUGUCAGCUACAAGGUUUGUGCCAUGUUUGCUGUACAAUGCUUAGCAACCCUUAGUCUGCCCACUUUAAUGCCGCCCACCACACAGAAAUCCAAAACAGGAAAAGGGGAAAAAGGCAGCUAAAAUGCUGCUAUUACAAGGAGAAUAAGAGCUAUUGGCCAUGUGCAUUCUUGGAAAGGAAGACUUGCCCCGAUCACCCAGCAGACUGUCGUCAUAAAUAAUCACAUUAAUUGACCUUUGGGACCACUGAACACUUGUACAUGUCGAACACUGCACUACAUGUACUUUCAAUCUAUACUGAAGACAUAGUGUUAUUGAUGAGGCUUGUUCAGUCGGUUUGAUUGGAUACUGGGAAAGGUUUUUGCUGCAGUUUUUUGGAAUGAGGUCAGUAUUUAGCCAUUUUGACUGAACAAGUUUGGUCAUCGGAUCAAACAAACAAAGAACAAAGCUGGAAAUUCCAAGUGGGCAAGACAGACUUGUCGUGCUGACUAAGGUAGCCAAUCAGAGUUCACUCACUUGUGGCGCCGUUAUAUUAAAAAAAAAAAUUGAAUCUCUUGCUGUUGACAAACCUAAACUGUUAAUGUAUUAUUAAUAAUGUUGUUGUAAAUUUUUUUUGCAGGUGAAAGAGUUUGCUGAAAAACUUAAGGCAGAGAAGCAAACAGCAACUGCAAGAAGGACAUCAUGUAUGUUAAGUUUUUAGCGAAAUCUGAAUUCAGGAAAAGUCUUAGAACUCUAAGGUUGCUGAAAAUCAGACAGUGCAAUGCAAUCAGUAUAGGCAUUUGUUUCUUAUACAGUCAACUCCUGAUAACUCAAACCUUCUAGGGAAAUAAAAAAAAUUUGAGUUAACAGGAGUUCGAUUUAUUGGGGAUUCGAAACAAAUAACGAGAAAGAAGGGAGUGGGAUGGGAAUGAAUGCAAGUAACAUGCCGAUUCAUGGUUGUUAAAAUAAUUUCAUUGAUUCGGACAGCUGCACACUUUUUUCAACUUGCAGGUACCUAAAGCAUGGUUUGGGUUAUAGAGGAUAAAUUUUUAUAGAAAUGUUCUAAGUGAAACAAAAAUUACUUCAAGUUAGUGGGAGGUUUAAGUUACCGAGGGUAAAAUUAUAGUAAGUGUAUAAAGGAAAUUCAGAGGAAAUCGAUUUCGGUUCGAGUUAAUUAGUGCGAGGUUCGAGUUAGUGAGGGUUUGAGUUAGCAGAAGUUGACUGUAGUGAUUUCAUGCUGUGUAACUUGCAACAAUUGUUAAAAUGCUCAUACAAUUGACUUUGAUGAAUGACAAAUGUGUCAAUUUUGGCCCAUUUUUUUUUAGUUGUUUACGUACUAUACAAUUUUGGCCAGAAGAGUCGAAUAUUUAACAUUCAAUGAUUCAAUCACCACCAAUGAUAAAAUUGUCAUUUGUAUGUGCCCAAUAAGAAAGUUGUUGCCUUAAAGAGUUUAACAUUGCUAAAAGUAUGUUCAACAGCCAAAGUAUUGGCAGAAGGCUUCAGGACUUGAUAGUACUUUCUUUGAAACUUGACAAUAUUUUUAUCAAAAUCAAUCUGUUCUUUUUAGCUUCAAGCAAAAGGCCAAUUGCACCCAAAGAUACUGGACCUUUAGAGGUAUUUAGACAUAAUUUUAUAACUGGUAGUGCUUGUCUGUUUAGUUGUUGAUAAACAAGCAAACAUGACAUCGAUAAAAUUAGAGUGUGUUUCUGUGUCUUCAUCAUCAUCAAGUCAAUUCGAUAAAAUGGAGGUCUUAUUUUCAUAGAAAUCUUUUCUUUCUUGUCCUGAAAAAAGUAAAAGUCACAUCUUUUUACCACUGUGUAACAUCCUCCAAUUAUCUGACUCUUUGUUCUUUAGGGGUGGAUAAAUGCUACGAAGAGAUUAAGAGGGGAUAAUGAUGUAGAUGGAACGUGUAUACCACAGGUAAGACUACGAUAAAUAAUUAUACAACACCAUUUUUGUGUUUUGAAAAACUAUCAACUAGGUGGAUUUCCAAAAUGUGUUUUGUUUCUCCCCCCAAUCAGAGAUGUGUUAUUCUGUUUUUAUUAAAUAUACAUGUAAUAUUUAUAUUUUUAACUUCCAUCUGUUAGACUCCCUUAUGAAAAUAUUUAUUGUGUUUUUUAGGGGAUAAAAAUUGUGGGGUGCGGAGAUCUAAAAUGACCAUCACCAGAGUUGUCUUGAGCUCAGUGCUAAUGGGAACUAAUGGUGUAGUUGUUCUUGCUAGUUCUUGUUUUAGAAUAUUAUGCGUGAAUGUAAAUGUCUCUACCAGAUUGAGUUUCUGGUUAUUUCUAUGGUCGUUUCAGAAUUUUUCAAUAUGCACCCCAGCCAUUUUUUAAGGAAAUAAAAUUUGGACAUAAUUGGUAGGGUACUCAUUGCUAAGACUGCCAUCAAAAGGGCUAGUGUUGUCAAAGUUUGGCCCACCCUGGGCGUGACUGUCUCAACUAUUAGUACAUGUAAUUCUUAGCAAAUGUAUGCUCUUUAUUCAGAUAUUUUCAGUCCUGGAUUAAUUAGCUGUUCUUAAUUCCAAAAGCAUGUUCAGGAAGAUUAAUAAUUAUGUUAUUAAAUUAAUAAUUAUUGUAAAGUAUAAUUAAUGUCAAUCAUGACCAUUGCUCAUUAAAAUUUAUGGUUCAUGUAACUGGUUAAUUCAGAUUCAUUACAAAUAGUAUACUUUAGACCGUUAUUCUUGAUAUAAUAUGGCCCCUGUAUAUUACUGAAAUGUCAGACAAAGUGCAGACUAUAGUUUUAACUGGUACUUAGCUUAACUUAGAUUAAUUUAAUGUUGUGUAAAAUUUACUGAUAAAGAAUAACCAUACAGUGUUUGAACCCUUUGUCAAACCUUGGUGAUUACAUGGUUCGUACAAUGUUUUGAAGUGCCAGAGCUAAACAACAAAUGCUUCAUGAUCAAAAUUUUACACUAAUUUCAUGUGAAAUGUACAGCCUGAAUAUUAAAAUUUUGUAUCAACAAAGGUCUCGGGUUUUCCUUGAUUUUUCUGUAACAAAAGUUGUACGAACUAUGAAAUCAAAGUAAUAUUCAAUCUGGAGUGGCAUCCCUCGUGCCUCUCAUAGCAGACACAAACUUCAAGGGAAGAAGAAUGCCAAGACUUAGAUUCUGGAAGUGAAAAUGCUCCUACAAGUACACAUGAGGAACUACACUGUAAUGGUGACAGGAAAGAGGAAGAACAACAGCAAGUUCCUGAACUCACGAGCAACUCUGAUCAUCACAAAAAUACAUUAUCACCAAACAUUGUUACAGAGGAACAGUUUCAAAGGACUAACUCUCUUAUGGUAAGGGAACAAAGUUAAAUAGUCACAUAGUGGGAUCCUAAUUUUUUAACCUGAAGGGUGCAAAGGAAAUGAUUGGUUGAACUAUCAGGAGUUAGACAAAGUGGUUAAAAUUGAAGUUUGAUUGGGGGAGGGGACGGUGUUUUCAUUUAAAAUCCAUUAUGUUAGCUGGGAGGUUCUUAUAGCAAGCUAUGUGCAGGGCCUCCAUACCCCACCCCUCCAUACACAGAUGGCCUUACCAAGGCUCCUUUGCACUGCUAAGUCAGUAAAAGUUACACCAACCUGCAACCAAGUGAAAUGAUCGAUGGGAAGGUAAGAGGGAGAAGAGGAUGAGUAGACUAGUUUUUUGCAGCUCUCUUCCCUGAAAAGCACUGAUAAUCAAGCUUCAAGGAUGAGGUUCACCCACAAUUAGCAGUUCAAAACAUACAGGAAAAGGGAGUUGCCGAGAGGUCCUCUUGUCCCUUGCAUCGUUUGCUGCCAACAAGAACAACUACAUUCGUUGACUCAAGCCUAACUCAAUUACCUAAGAUUGCACCUUAGCAACUUUUUUUGAAGCAUGAUUAUUUGUUUUCAUUAUUAUGUUUUCUCAGGAGGAUCUGCUCAAUAAUCAGAAGGAAAUGAUGCAGAAAAUUUCCGUUUUGGAGUCCACGCUUGAGGAUCUCCGAUCUGAUGGUUCAUCAACUCAGUCAUCUCUUAUGGAUAUGCUUACAAAGAUCACCAGCAAACUUGAUAGUCUUAGUAAUAAUGCUCCCCAUGGGUGUUGUGGAGGACCUGUAAUUAUCCAAACAACUCCUCAUGCAAACCUUAUACACCAGCCUGUUCUGGGUUCGUGCAGUUCUUGUAGAGAUGGUAAACAAGAUAAAAGACAAGAAAGUUCAAUGCCUGUUUCUGAUAAAGAGAGCAGUACAAUUAAUGAGAAGAAUGACACAAUUUCUACAGUUUCUUUAAGCAGGACUUCAGUUCAAACUUCAUCUACUAUUUCGCAGAGCAUAUCAUCUAGGAAAAGCAGCAGUGAGUCAUGUACUGUAAAUUCAGUUAUAGACGGUCACAAAGAUUCUUUGCCUCAAUCACAAGAAAUACAAAGCAGCACAUCCUUGCCUGAAAUCACUUUGUGUUCAGCUAGUGCACCCGUAACAGCUGAUUCGUCAGUGUCUACAAUUAACUGUGGAUCGUCAAUAAAUGUUCCCUCUGAGUCUCCAACCAAAGUGACCACCACCAUUCCUCCGAAAGAACGUCUGCCUGAAAGGUGUGAAGAAAAGUCUUUAAGACAAGAACCUUGUCUACCAGUGGUCGUAGAAUGUCAUUCAUUGUCAAAUAGAACCAGUUCUGUUGCAUCAGUCAUUAAUCUUUCUCCUAGCAUUGCUGUAACUGCCAUUGCUAAUUCAGAUCAAACUACAGUGGUUUCAAUGGCUUCAUCACAGCAAAGAGGUCCAAUGUCCGAGCAAUUGAAUGUUACAGCACCGCAACGGACAUAUGUGACACGUAGUAGAGAUACUUUCGCUUCAGUCCAAACCACUGUGUCAUCAUUGCCCCCGUCAUACAUUGACCUUCAUAACACUUUGUCAGCCUCACCAGUUUUGAGCACAGUUGUGAGAAGUCCUGCGGCAAGGUUCGUCCCUGGAAACAAUUCACAGGUGGUCUCAAGCCAUUUAACCCAACAUGUUUCCCCUGCACCUAACAUCUCCAUCCCUGUCAUCUCACUACCGAGUUCACAAACCAGGCAUUUGCCAAGGCAGCCAGUACAGAGUAUAACACCCACAUCAGCUCAAACAAGCACUCCGCCUGGAUAUAUCACUCUUUCGCAUACCACAAAUGUAAAGCCAUCUACCAGCAAGGCGUAUGGUAUACCACUAUCGCUGCCCCAUGCACAAACUGGUGAAACAACUUUAAGGAAUCCAAGUGGGAAAGCAAAAGAUCUUGAUGCAUUGUCUGCCGCAGAGUCAGUUAUAAGAAGGGCAAGUAAGUACAUAUUGAUUCAUUAUUUUUUGGCCUUAGUUCAGUGAUUUUGUUACCUCUGCAUCCUGCAUCCUUGAUGCAUAAAAAUCCCCAAAGUUGUUCAUGGUAUGCGUCCCAUAGAAUGCAAAGAUUGAUUGAUAAAUCCGAAGAUGUUUUCAUAGUCUGAAUAUCCUGUUUUUGUGAUUUCUGUGAGUGUUAUUUUGGCUAUUGUUUAAUAAUGCAUAUGUAUUUCAGUCUCUUUUGCUCUUUAAAUAGAAUGACUAUAUUUUAAUUUCAGUAAACUGUAAUAAAGACUUUUGGAGACUGUCUCCAGAUUAACUGUCUGGUUACUUAAAGGCCCAAGCAUGAUCAAUUUAGGACUGGAACUCGUUGGCUCUGCACUGGGAGUCAUUAUUUUUCACAAGAUGAGUCCCAGGACUCACCAUAACUAUUAUUUGUAACAAAAUCACUGUAGUUGUAAGACUACAUGUAGGUUUCUGAUUACGAUUCUAAUUGCAAGUUGGAUGACAUCAGUCAUUUUGAUUAAAAUGUUUUAUCAUUCUUCUUGAUCUGAUGGUGACUGCAUUUUUAAACAAUUCAGAAACAUAUUUUUUAAUUUGUUUAGAGUGACAAAUCAUUCUGUUUUGGUCUAGGAGGGAAGGGGUGGGGGUUGUAUAUCACAAACAUGCCUUUAUAAAGGACAUGCACAUCUUAAUCUCUGCUGUUGGUGUUUUAUACAUGUAAGGCUGUCCUGGUCCAUGGGUUUCCUGUAUCACUUCUCUUUGUUACAAGACUCUGUCCUGUCAUUAAGAUUUCAAGUUGCUGGGUAAAUUGUAUUUAAAUGUAUUAGGUUUUGUAAAAACAACAACCCUGUCUGUGCAUCAAGCUUUUUUGUAAAUUUCUUUGCUGUCCCUGCCCAAAUACAUAAGUUGAGAACAGGAACAGCAAGAUUGCAUGUCUGGUGUUGAAUUGUAAAUUAAUAAUAUUAUUGUAGAUGAGAGCACUCUUGUGGAAGCAAGUUCUGGUAGGUAACCAAUAUUUUUGUUUUUCCAGCCAUUGAAGCCUGUGAUAAACAAAGAAUGGAUGCAGCCUCACCAAAAGAGUUAUUGAACGCAGGUGAAUUUAAUGACAGCGUACAGUCUAGAGUUACAGGCUGUUAUUGUUAGUACAUUUAGGUGUUAUAAAAAAUACAUCUCUGUUAAGUUUGAAGUCCAUUCUUAAUAUUACAGAAGGAAUUUUUUGUUGCUUUUUCUGGCCAAAGUGAGAAUUUUUGGCCACAAAAAAAUAUAAUAUUAUUUUUAUGGGAAAAACAAGGAUGUGUCAUUUACAGUUUACAGUCCUUUAAAGGUUAAUUCUGUUUAAAAUUUGCUUUAUACAUUAAGUUACAGACCAAAAAUUGUUGGUGAACCACAGAACAAGAAAUGAAAACUUAUUAUUAUUAUUUAAUAAAAGCACUUUAUUUAAACUGUGCCAAUGUAUUUAGCAUGAAAGUACUAAUUGGCGAAACCAUUUUUAUGUCUCCUACUGGAGACGGGACCGCCAUUUUACGUGGUCAUUUGAGCCAUGUGAAGGUCGAGCCAUUAUUUGCAGGGUGAAGGCAGUGUCUUUAUUUCUUAGUUUUUUGAUGGCCAUGAUUAUUGGUCCUGCCCCCGGUAUCGAACCUGUGACCUCCCGCUCUGCAGUCAAUUGCUCUAACGACUGAGCUAAUCCUGCAGUGGUAGGAUUGAGAAACAAUAUUAUAUUCAUUUGUUAUUCGUUACAUGUGUAUUUUAAGCUGUUUUUUUAUCAUUGUAGCCAUGUUGAUCAGUAACUACAUCACAGAUCAUCCUAACUCCGAGCAUCAAGAUCAGUGGCAGUCUUGCCUUUCUGCGAUAGUCACAGAUUACCACAAGAACCUUGAUCCUUCUAAAGGGGACUCUUUACAACUUGGUAGGGGAAAAAAGUUUGUUUAUCCAUUGCAUAGUCGAGAUUUUCAUUCCUAAAAGGUGACGAAAGAAAUGAUUGAAAUUUCUCUUUUAUAAAGUCCCAAGAAAUAAAUACAUUCAAACCCAUUAACUUGAAAGGAAAAAGUUACUGUGGCCAAUUGAAUAUGGAUUUGCCAUGUUAACCCUUUAAGUCCUGAUAUCCACUUACAAAUUCUCCAAACUGAUCUCCAUACAUUUCAUUAAAGAAUUAGUUGAGAGAAUUUGAUAAAAGAUCAAUGAUUUUUCUAUUUAAGAUCAUUUUGUCAAUUCUCGUAGACUUUGCUCUUGACAAUCUAUGAGGAGAAAAUUGAUUUUGGACACUAUUGGGGCAUAAAGGGUUAAUAAUCAAUCAGCACCUCAGUAUAUAGUACAGUGCAAAUUGAAUUUAUCUCAUCAGAAAAUGUAGCAUUCUUAUUCUGUUAAGCCAUUAUGACUCUUAAGAUUACUUGAUGCGGUAGCAUCAUGGUGAGUUGCAAGUACCAGAAUUCAAGUCAUCAGGGUAAAUUUUGUUCAGGGAAAUGCAAUUUAAAUCAAGUAAGCAGGGAAUUUGUGUUAUCUGAGUUUGAGUUACCAGUCGAGGGUUCCAUUGUAGUACUAUGCAAAAAUUCUGCCAAAGACCUAAUUUCAAUGAGAUACCAAAACCAACACAGACAUUACAGACACUUAAUUAGAGCGAUGUCUGUUUGGAGUGAUUUGACUGCACAGUGUUUGUGAAGAGACUAACAAAGUCCUGUAUUUCUUUUAGUGUCAAUUGGUUACAAUCCCUAUGUGGUACUCACCCAAUAUGACCUGGAAGACAUGCUGGAUAAGUCCAAAGGACGCCCAAAAUACUUUGCUCUGCGCCUUGCAGAGAAGCUCUUCGGCAUUGACGUCUUGAUCAAAUCCACACCUUAUGGAAUUGGAGGCAAAGCAGCCCUACAUCCAGUCAUAUUGGAUGCAAUCAAAGGUAUGUUAAUUUUUAAUUUAUUAUGUGUAGUGGGCAAGAUAAGUAAGGCAAUGCACCAAAAAAGGUGUUUCUUUGUGUGUUGGAUUUACCAUUAAUAAUAAUAAUAAUGAUGAUGAUGUUGAUGAUGAUGACUGUGAGUAAUGCUCAGUGAUUUUAAAAUCCUUUUUUCUUCAUUUGAUGGAGAAAUGAAAACUGUUUUUCUUUUUUUUUUACUUGUCUGUCGGAUGAAUACUUCUCAGAUUUUUGUUAUUGAAACUUUUUGUACAAAGUGGAUAAAAUUGUUUUGCCAUAAUGACAGCAGAUGCUUAAAGGUUUUUAGUUAGAAGUUGAAUUGCCUUAUUUGAUUGUGCGAAUAUUUUUUAACAACACAAAUUUUGCUCUAGAAAAAGCUUAAAACAGGCUGAGUCUAACAUGUGUAGUAAGUGAUGGAUGCUCUGUAGUGAUGAGUAUCUAGCUAAUUCAUGAGAUUUCUAGAAAAUCUGAAAGCACAGCUCUGUGAUUGGUAGUUUGUAUUACUGUAAUAUAGUACCUUUUGAAAUACUGUUCUCUGAAUUCUCCUGCAGUGGAAGUCUUGCGGCAGUUUGCAUCAGACAUGUCAAAUGAAGGGCAGAUAGCUUUAUGGAAAAGUUGUGUGACCAGUAUAGCUCAGCGUUGCAAGAGAGCACGCAAUCCACGUAAAGACAGGUCACAAACGAGAGCAUCAGCAAAUAAUGUUGACGUAAGCCUACCAUCCAUGGCAGUUGGUGGAGGCAUACAGCUUAGUGAACAUGAUGAGAAUGAUGACUCCCAAGGAGAGUUAGACGAGGAGGAUGAGGACUGUGACAUGGGUAGUUUGGAUCAGUCAGCAGCAAGGCAUACACCGCCUCUAAUCAGAAUACCCUCAGAUGACGAAAAAUCGCCCACAAAGAAUGUCGCUGAGGAAGGUGAUUACAAUGAUGCUGGCUGCAUAACACCGACGAAAGACUCCUCUGCGAGACCUGAAUCUGUUGCUGAUUCCUCUAUGGAGAAAAAUGAUGGAACUGAGGGUGAACGGUCUAUACCACCUGGUAUUGACCCAGAUAUCACAGUUGUACACUUGCCUUCUAACUUACAAACUUCGGUUGAGCCGCAAGUCAAAUCAACAGCUCAGAGGCAGAGUUCAGUUGUUGUGCCGACAAGGCAUGCGACAGCAGGUAGCGGGAACAGUGUGAGUGUCUCAGGAGAAGAAAGUACAAGGAUAGACAAACAGCAGAGUGUCAGUGGUCGGGAGGGAGAAAAUAAUGAUGAAUCCAAAGAAAAAGGUUCACCUCUGGCUGGCAAUUCUUCUGGAAAUUACAUGGUGCAAAGUUUUCCCAGUAGUCCUAAUGCCUCAAAAGAAAGCGUCACGGUGUCUGGCAUAAGAAUGACUGCUGAUUGUAAGUACAUGUGUCAUAUUGUUUAGCUCAAAUGCUUACUAUUAUAGCAAGGGUCCCUUGAGAGCUUAGUAUGGAAGUUAGAGCAAGAGCCAACAAAGUUGAGAGGGGUAGGGGACGAUUUAGUGGCUAGUACUCCAUUCCUUUUCCUUUCCUUCACUUACUUCUUUUUGAUUGUGCCCCAGCUUUCGAGCUUUGAUGCUCUCAAACUCUAAUGCAGAUUAUUUAAACUUUUGAUCAUCAAAGGGUACAAAGAAAGUCAGUUUUACAGCUUGCCAUUCGGGCAAGUUUUAGCUAGCAUGUACUAGCCCAAGUGUCAUUUCAUCUAGCCUCCAAAGAAUAAUUGCUGACCAGCAGAAUUGAUUACAGUUCUGUAAUUUGAUUUUCCCUAAAAACUUCACUUGCCUGUCGGGCGAGUUAUCCACAGAAUGCACCAGCCCAAUAGAAAAAUCCACUAGCCCUGGGCUACCAGACAUUACUUUCUUUGCAUGCUGCAUGAGCAAUGCCUUGGUGGUCAGUUAAUCAGUUUUCUAGUAGCAUUAGUUACAGUGAUAAAUAUUGGGACCAUGGAGGAUAAAGCAGGGCAAACAGGAAGGGUAGCCAGUGAGCAAGUUCUCAUUGUUAUCUCCAGGCUCAACACAGGAGCUAAAAAGAAACAAGAGUCCAGAAGGACUUUGCUAUGGUGACAGUUUGUCAUUACAAUAACCGCCUGCAAAACUGCGCUCAGCCACCUUAAAGUGUUGCAUGGAUGAUGUGUGAUGUAAUACCAAAGUCUAUAUUUGUUUCACAAGCAUGGACAAGGCAAAUUGGAGAUACACUAACAGCACAAUCAAGCAGUUUAUCAGAAAUCACUUGACACUUAUUCUAGACACUCCUUUGUUAUUGAGUAAUUUUAGAUUAUUCAUUGGUAUUUUUUGGUGCUGCAGAAUGUUUAUUGGAUGUUGUUUAUUGACAUUUAAACAUAGGGUUGACGUUAUUAAUAACAAGUUUACUCUUAUUGUAUUAACAGUAUCUGAAAUCCUUGUCUUACAGACUUUCACGUAUUAGUUGGAGGAAACCCAAAUGUAGUCAUACCCCGUCAGAAAUAUUUAGAUGCUGUCACUAAAUCAAGCCAACCAACACACUUUGCUGUGCGUUUGGCGGAGUUGGUUUUUGGAGAUGAUGUGCUGGAGGCAUCAACAGUGACUGGAGGAAAACGUGGCACAAUGCAGCUGGAUCCAAUAAUAAUCAAAGCAAUACAAAGUAUGUUAAAAGAGAAUACUAAAAUAGUAUUGAGGCAGACUCCCUUGAUUUCAUAUAUAGUUGUUUUCUGAGAAAGAGUAUAUACGCGUUUUAGAGGGUUCAGCCUGGUUUCUGUCAGAUAAGGGACCUUAAUAAGAUGCAAGGAUGAUGACAGCAGGUAAAACGUCACUUAAAAAGUGAAAUCGCAGUUUUGCAUUUUCAAUCUUCAUCGCGAUUAUUCCAUCUCUCUUACUUUGUUGAAUGUACGCAAACUCUCCUGGAGUUGAAUUCCUAAGAACCUUAUCCAAGUUAAAAAAGAGAAAGAAAAUUUUGUUGUUGCCUGUUUACGUCCUCUAUAAAUGUGGAAUUGGGUUUUUUCAUGUCGUAGUCAUGCAAAAUUGGCAAAUAAAUGGACAAAAAAGUGUGAUGCACGUGCAAAGUUGUUGUUUUGCUAGUUAAAGCUAUUGUUUUUAUGACGUUCUUGUUGCCGUCACCGUCAUCUGAUCUUAAGGUCCCUAUUAUGAUUUCUAUCACUGGAAAAAAAGUUCAGAUUACAGCGAUUAAAUAGAAAGAACUGUUUGACAAUCUGUUAGUUUGUUUAUUUUGGUCAAAUAAUUUGUAAACUGUCUAUUGUCAAUGAUCCCUCAGUGGUUGUCAAAUUUCAUCGGAAGAGUAGGAUUGAUUACAGUUCUUCAGCAAUUUUGAAUUUUGCUUCCCCCAAAAUUAACUUGCCGUUUAGGCACUAGCCCUGGCCAGCUAUCAGACUUUGAGGAGGGCAUACAUGUACCAAGACAAGUACAUUGUGUAGUGUGUAGUGUUUCAACAAAAAUGAUGGCUACAGGUAUUGUUAGUUUUCUCUUGGAAGCUCCUCUUUUAAAGACAAACACCCUCAACUCCAACCCCAGCUCCUUUACUUGAGGCUUGUGGCUUAUUGCUGUAAUAUAUUUUUUAAUUUUUCAAUUCCACAGUGGAGGUCACAGAAAGAUUUUUAAAGACCCUUGAUCCAGAACAACAAAAUGUUGUGUGGCGUAAAUGUGUCACAAGUAUUGCUACCAGGUGUAAAACUCUGCGAUAUAACAGAGCAAAGACUGCUGAAAACCAGUGGACGCUAGUCCAUCCCAGCCAAGUUUCUCCAGAGUGACCUGGGUUUUUCAACAAACUAAUGCUAUGUAUGGUCAACUCUCUUUACUGUGCUUU